GAACGACUUCAUCGCGCGGUUGCGGACAAAUUCUAAGAAAGAGACAGAGAGGAGGAGGGAUGGGAAAGUGGGCUAAGCAAGUAGGGGUGCAUAUAGCAUGACCCCAACUGAAAAGACUUUCAUGUCAUCUUUUCCCUCUUUGGGUUUUUGCUUUAAUUAAAGGGAAGAAGAGAAAAAGAAAGGAAAUUUGGAUCAUUAUGCUCAAGUGGAAAGAAUUUGGCAGAAGAAGGUAAGAGACUUGAGGAUUUUGAUACAACAUAAAAAGGGAAGGAAGGGAAAGGAUCAUAGGUGGCUUAUCAAGGGAAGUUGUAACUUGUUGUAAGUAGUAGUAGUGUGGCAGGCUUCCUACCAACUUUUGUAAUUAAUGACACUAUGGAGAAGAGGAAGCUCUGAAACUGACCACACCAUAACCUCCUCCCAAUCCCAUUAAUCUUUUCUCUGCCCACUCUUUCACCCAAUCCCACCAUUAUUAUUCCUUCUUCUGAUCAUCUCCCAAUCCCAUGCUCACAGAAUUUAACUCACCUCUCUAGCAAAGUCAAAAGAAGAAGAAAAGAGCAGAGCUUUGCUUUGCUUUUAUCCUCUCUUUCCGCUUUUGGGUACAACGGCUGGUCCUUCCUUUGCUUUGGGUUGCUGCUGGGUCGUUAUAAAGAUUGAAGCUUUUCCACUUUCUGGUUUGGGAUUUGGAUGGAAAUGGAGGAGAAGCUUUUGAGUGAGAUGAAGGGUGAUGUGGGUACUAGCCAAUCCGCUGCUGCAGCUGCUUCUGCUUCGCCUAGUACUCCUGUCCACCAGGCUGAAGACUCAAGUGGGAUAGUGGAAGAAGGCAACAGUCAUGGCAACUGGAAGAAGAGAAAUCUAUUUCUAGAGAUACCUUCAAGAACAAUGGAACCAACAACUCCACAAGGAGAUAGUGUAGUGAUUAAGAUGCCACCAACACCAAGCCAAACUCCCAGGAAGGUCAAUUUCAAUUUGACCCCUACUUCUGCUGAUCCAAGGGCAGCCACCACCAGUGGAUCCCCAGCUCCCACUCCAUCCAAGGGGAGGUCUUCUUUGAAGAGCUUGUUGCCUAAACUUAGCUUCAAGUCUCGAAUUGCCACGUUAAAUGCUGCUGAUAAGCCGCCGGCCCAUAAUCUUCUACCGGAACCUGCAACUCCACAGCAAGAUAGGCCCUCCAUCCCAAGGUCACUGUCACUCACUAAGCUUUUCACUCCUAGGAUGAAGAGGACAUCAUCACUCCCUGUGACACCCAUUGCGAAUUCUCAACCGCAUAGUGAAAGCGUUAGUGGCCCUCUCAAUCCAAGUAGAGAAGCUCCACCGCGAAAGAUCGCACGAUCACUCUCGGUCCCGGUCAUCAACAAAGAAGGAAGCAUACGGAGAGUGGAUUCGUUCUUUCGUGUGGUCCCUACGACUCCUAGAGCAAAAGAAGUAGGAGAGAUACUAACAGCUCAUGCAUCUCCCCCAAGUGUUUCUGCUGAAACCAUUGAUGAUGAUGGAGAAGAUAUACCUGAAGAAGAAGCUGUUUGUAGAAUUUGUCUGGUGGAACUCUGUGAAGGAGGGGAGACACUUAAGAUGGAAUGCAGUUGCAAAGGUGAACUUGCUUUGGCACAUCAAGAAUGUGCAGUGAAAUGGUUUACCAUCAAAGGGAACAAGACUUGUGAUGUGUGCAAGCAAGAAGUACAGAAUUUGCCUGUUACCUUGUUACGAAUACAAAGCGUGCAUAAUGGGCUCGCUGGAUUUGGUAGAGGUGAACUAGCUGAUCCCAAUGGUUAUAGGGUGUGGCAAGAAGUACCAGUGCUGGUGAUUGUUAGCAUGCUAGCCUACUUUUGUUUCCUGGAGCAGCUUCUGGUGGGGAAUAUGGGAACUGGUGCAAUUGCUCUAUCCCUUCCAUUUUCUUGUGUCUUGGGUCUCCUUUCGUCCAUGAUCUCCUCGACUAUGGUGAAGAGACGAUUCGUUUGGGUUUAUGCGGCAAUCCAAUUUGCUUUGGUGGUUAUCUUUGCUCACAUUUUUUACUCAGUGGUUGGAGUGCAAGCUGUGCUGUCAAUCCUGCUGGCAACAUUUGCUGGGUCUGGAGUAUCAAUGAGUGCAAGUUCGAUCAUAAUCGAGUUCUUGAGAUGGAGAAGAAGAUGGCGGCGGAAUAGAGGAUCAGAACAACAGCUUGGGAACAAUCUGAUGGCAGGAAGAGUUCCAAUACCCGUGAAUUCAUCUGCAGUAGGCCCUCCUGCUGCUGAUGCAAGGGAAGGAAACCGCCAUACAAUAAAUGAUGUAGAAAACCCAUAAACCAGCAAAAGUAAGAGUUUGUGAGUCUGUAAGUCUGUAUUAUAUGAGAAGAUAGGAGCAAGUUUUCCUUUUUUACCUUUCUUUUUCGGAAAUAUAGAAUGAUUAGAUUUGUAGAGCUUCACUCAGGCUCUAAAGGUGGCCCAUUUUGGUCAGAUGUGGUGGGGUGACAGCUGCAGCUGGCCAGCCAGCAAAAGGAAUGAAUGAAUGUAAGAAAGAAAGGCAGAAUGAUGAUGUUUGUUGUGAAGUGAGAAGAGUGGAUAGUUGAGUGUCCACCUCUCAAUGUGAGUUGUAAUUAUUACAUUUGGAUUGAAGUUGAAACUUGUGCCUUCCAAUGUGUGAUAUAUAUGCAAAUACAAAAGAAAGAACAGCACAUUUGCCCAUUUCUUCUGUUCUUGUGUGCAAACAAUCUUUCUUGUGUUUGAGUGAUUCCCAAGUGCUCUUUUGCUCACUGUGCAUUACCUUUUCUUUGUGGUUGAUCACGUCGAUCAUGAACAAUAUGAAAUUUGAUCUUGUUGAGUAGACUUGAGUAUGGAAAACUGGGGGGUGUGAGUGUGACACCAAAACCAGUAAUGGCAGCAAAACCAGUGCAAAAAAUAGCUUGUAAAGAAAAGAACCAUGGCAGAGGCAACCUUGGCGAGAGCCCAAUAUAAGUUUGGGCCAAGG